CUGUGUUAUCUUUUUUAUUGGUUUCUUUCUUCUGAAUCCUAAGAAUAUAAAGAAAGAAAAUGUCAUCAUUGAAAAACCAUAAUAAUAAUAAUAAUUGGCAUUCACCAAUGGCUUCUUCCUUUGCUGAACUUCUUCCCUCAGAUGAUGGAGCCUCACACAAGAAGAAGCUAUCACUUCCUUCAUACAUAUGUCAUGAUCCUAGAAGUGUUGCUUCAUCAAAGCACAAGUCAGAGAAAUCCACUGUAAGAAGUGGCUCUUCUUCAUCUCAGUUCAAGAGGCCUGGUUCAGCUUCUGAGAGAUCAAACUCUAGGUCUCUGGUGGCAGAAGAUUCAAGAAUGGAUGAAGUUGCUAUUGGAGCAGUGAUGAAAAUCCUCAGUGGCUACAUUGGAAGAUAUGUAAAAGGUGAACUUUUCAGGAGAAAAAUCAGGGAAAGAUGCAGUUCUGUGAUGGAGAGAAGAAGAAGAGAGGACUCAAAUGAUGAGGUUUUUGAGAAUUUGGAAAUGGGCAUGGGGAAAGUUGAUAAAUUGGUAGAAGAUCAUGGAAGAAUGAGGCAAGUUAUGUUGAUCAAAAGCUUGAAGAAUUCCAUUGAGAUAUUAACCAUAAUAGUUGCUUCCUCUUUGAAUGCUAAAGAUUCUCAUCUUUCUGCUUGUGCUCAAAUUUACUUGGCAAUAGCUUAUAAGAUGUUGAAGAAAGAGAGAGUUUCCUCAAAGCAUUUACUUCAAGUGUUUUGUGAUUCUCCUAGUAUGGAUAGAACAUACCUGAUUCCUGAUCUUUGGGAGCACUUGUUUCUUCCCCAUCUUCUCCAUCUCAAAAUUUGGUAUAACAAGGAGAUUGAGUCUCUUUUAAACAUGGUGAUAACAAAAGGAAAAUGAAGGUGUUGAGCAAAGUCUACAAUGAAAAAAUGGAUGCUGGAACUAGUCUCUUUGCUUUGUACUACAAGCAAUGGCUGAAAGUUGGGGCCACAGAGCCUUCUCUUCCGGUUGUAUCAUUGCCAUCAAUGCCAAGUUGCAGAUCAUCAUCAAGAAGAAAAUCUUCAGAUUCUUUGGUUUCAAAUUCCUCAAUCAAUCCAGACUUAUAUAAGGCAGUGUUUGGCCCCAAACUGGAGCAGCAACCUACUGGUCCGGAUGAACAAAAAGGAGCCAUUGUAAUUUAUAAGGGCUCAGAGAUUAAUGAUAAAAUUUAUGGAGAUGAAUACAGGAGUUCAUCUCAGAGAGAAAGAGAUGUAUAUAUGGGAAGAUCAUCAAUCCAAGAUGACAAGAAUCAUGGUCAAUUAUGGUCCGAGUCCCAGAGAUUGGACUAUUUCCAGUGCUUUUCUUGCAGGAACAUACCUACAGAAGGAUUGGAAAACAGCAACUACAGAUCCAAGAACAUUGCUUCAAUCAAAAGGGGAGGAAUAAAUUCUCUUCCAAGGAAUUAGGCACACUUGCUGGUUUUGCCUUCACCAUCCCCAAAUUCAUCAAGUAGAUCCAAGGUAUACUUCCUUUGGUACAAAGCAAUACCCUGAGAACUGCGUGCUACCUCCAUUCCGAGGAAGAACUUCAGUCUUCCCAAAUCCUUGAUGCUGAAUUCAUCAUCCAAGGAUUUCUUAAUAGCAUUAAUCUCAACUGCAUUGUCUCCGAAUAACACUAAAUCAUCCGCAUUCACAAGGAUCACCGCUAGUCCACUGCUGGUUUGCUUGGUAAAAAAAGAACGAACGUGACUGGAUUUGAGGAAACCGUUCUGCUUAAGAAAACCACACAGCCGACCAUUGGCAGUGUGGUGUGCUUAACUUGCUGCCAGUAACAUCAGCUAACCGGACAGCUGAUUUGCUCACAAAAGCACUUGUCCCACGACCAUUUGGUUUGCUACUCAACAAGCUGGGCAUGCUUGAUGUGCAUUCCCUGCUUGAGGGAGGAUGAUAAAGAUGAUAAAUAGUUAGCUUUGUUGUUUUUGCAUAUUCUGCAUUGGCAAAUUGUAACUAAUAUUUAGUUCUAUCCCUCUCUCAAUUCUGAUCUUCAGCACGUGCGUUAUAUCCUAGAAACUUCUUAAAAAAAUAAUUGUGUGAAAUAAAUGAGGGAAUGGAUCCGUUCAAUUGUUGAAAAAAAUUUAGGAAAUAAAGUGUGAUUUAUAACCUUUCAA